CAGCAACUGAUCUUCUAUAAGUCUAUUCACUUACUCGCUCAGCGAAAACUCAUUUCGAUUUCAGCGUAGUCUGCAUAUAUUUUUCUAGCCAUUCAAAAUGAAGUUCAUCGUGUCCCUUGCUCUGUUUGCUGGCGCCGUUGUUGCCCAGGUCGGCUCCAGUUCGAUUGCUGCAUCUCAAUGCGACGCCAGCCACCUUCAGUGCUGUGACACUGUUGGCCCUACCACCAACUCUGCAGUUUCCAAGUUGUUGGCCCUUCUCAACAUUCCUCUCGAUGGCCUUACUGGAGAAAUUGGUUUGGAAUGUGACCCUAUCCUGUCUGUCACUGUUCCUCACUGUGAGGCCCAGCCAGUCUGCUGCGAAGGCAACAAGCAUGAUGGAUUGGUCAAUGUUGACUGUGUUCCCGUUAACCUUGACUUGUAAAAAGUUCAGAAGUUGAAAUGAACGCACAAUGGAGCGCGUUUUAAUCUAAGAUGAGAUAUUGGGCCUGUUCAAUCAUUCAAAGGCCUAGAAAGACCUAUUGAUUCAAAAAUUGCUCAUUUUUUCCUCUAUUCAAUACGCGCUGGUCUACUUUCUUUUCUGGGAUAUCCCACUAGCUACAUGCCUAUCUUUGGCGUUAGAUACCUUAAUUCAUUUCUCAUACCAGAGCACACCUAGAACAUUUUUAGCGCUUACUCUGGAUUUUUCAAGCUAAUGGUUAGAUGUCGAAACCAUGUUAUCUCGUGUAUGCUAUCUACAUGAUCCAUUGGACAUAUCUACAAGUGUUUCCUGGUAAUUGCGAGAAGUCGCACUCGCAUUUUAAGAAUAUGAGUUGGAGUUGCUCGAUUCUAA